CUGCCUCAUUUGAACUAGACAACAGGUAACUGAUGGUUUUAAUGUUGUUAUCUACUCCAGACCUGCAGGUGAAGGUGACCACUACAUGGUGGUUAAUGACACUGACCUGUAGCACCACCUGUACUCUGACUGGUAACCCCACCUACAUCUGGUACAGGAACAGUAAGAUUGUACAAGAUAACUCCUCCCCCUCAUACACAAUCUACUUUAAAACUGAAGACAGCUUCUACUGUGCUGUAAAAGGCAUCAAUUCUCCUGCAGUGUCUGUUGAGGGUCACAGUUAUUUCCACGUGACUUACACCCAUCAGAGGAUCUGUACCUUGAAGGGGUCAUCAGUGGACAUACCCUGCUCUUAUACAUUUCCCAGGGGUCAUACAGUCUCUGAAAGAAAAUGGUACACAAAAGGAAAACUUGAUGAGGCGCCUCAAAUCCUGAACCCGGGGUAUGAAGGUCGUGUGGAGUACGUUGGAAAUAUGCAGAGUGACUCCACCCUGAGAAUCACAGACCUGAGAGAGGAGGAUUCAGCUGAGUAUAAGAUUAGACUCAGAACAGAUCAGACAAACUGGGAGCCCACCUUCCCUGGAACAACUCUGACUGUCACAGUUCUGCAGGUGAAGGUGACUCCUGCCACUGUAUCAGAGGGACAGAAGGUGACACUGACCUGUAGCACCACCUGUACUCUGACUGACAACCCCACCUACAUCUGGUACAAGAAUGGACAUGUAACCAACCAAUCUAACAGUCUGUUCCUAAACCCAGUCAGCAGUGAGGAUGCAGGCAGAUACUCCUGUGCUGUAGAAGGCCAUGAGGAUCUCCCCUCUGCUGAAGAGACUCUCACUGUCAGAUAUGGCCCAAAGAACACCUCAGUGUCAGUCAGUCCCUCUGGUGAAAUAGUGGAGGGCAGUUCAGUGACUCUGACCUGCAGUAGUGAUGCCAAUCCACCUGUGGACAAAUACACCUGGUACAAGAAGAACGUAACCACACCAAAAGCAUCAGGACAGAGUUACAGCAUCACUAACAUCAUCUCUGAGGACAGAGGAGAAUAUUACUGUGAGGCCCAGAAUAGAAAAGGAUCUAUGAACUCUACAGUUCUGAUGAUUGUUGUAGCAGGGAAACAAACCUCAGUUGUUCCUGCAGCUGUAGGAAUCACAGUGGUUGUUCUGGUUCUCAUACUCUGUUUCUCUGGCUUCAUGUGGUUCAGGAAACAAGCCUCCAAAUCCACCUCCAACACAAGAGACACAGCAGACGAUGGACAGGGAGACUCUAGUCCAGUGUAUGACAAUGUCUCAAGCAUGGCCAUGACCCCUACUGCAGCACAGACAGCGGACACAGACAACCAGGAUUAUGUUCACUAUUCAAGCGUCCACUUCUCUGGCUCCAAAAACCAGGAAGUGCCUCUAUACUCCACCGUCCAGCUGCCUCAGCCCCAGAUUCAGGAGGAUGUCCAGUAUACUGAUGUGAAAUUCAGCUGUCCCAGUGCUGCCACCCGUGGUACUGGGUCAGAAUGGGUGGAGUGUGACUUACACCACUCAGAGUAUCUUCUGAGUGAUGACCCAGACUACAAAGGACGUGUGACAUACCGUAAGGAUAAAGAGAAUGGUCACACCCUGUCAAUCACAGACCUGAGAGAGAGUGACUCAGCUACGUACAAAUUCAGAUUUACAGAUCAGACUGGAGGAUGGAGAUAUACUGGCAAACCUGGAGUCACUCUGUCUGUCACAGGUAAGAACUGCUGGAGUGUGACUUACACCCAUCAGAGUAUCUGUGCCUUGAAGGGGUCAACAGUGAACAUAUCCUGCUCUUACACAUAUCCCAGUUAUCAUGAGAUCAAACAAGCUUUCUGGUUUACUAAAUGGUCUGGUAUGGAUCCUGAAGAUCUGAGCUCAGUGCCAGGGUAUGAGGGUCAUAUAGAGUACCUUGGGGAUAAGAAGAGUGACUCUACCCUGAGAAUCACAGACCUGAGAUUGAGUGACUCUGCUGGGUACAUGUUCAGAUUCAUAACAUCUGGAGAAAAGUUUGCUGGCUCACCUGUCUCCCUGACUGUCACAGAUGUUGUGUUGGAGAUGGAUCCUACAUCUGUGUCAGAGAGGGAGAAUGUGACACUAACGUGUAUAAUCACAUGUACACUGGACCCCAUCACAGCCUUCAGUUGGUAUAAGAAUGGACAGCCUAUACCAAACAGCAACACCUCCUCUCCUGUCUAUAUCCUAAACCCAGUCAGCAGUGAGGAUGCAGGCAGAUACUCCUGUGCUGUAGAAGGCCAUGAGGAUCUCCCCUCUGCUGAAGAGACUCUCACCGUCACAUAUGGCCCAAAGAACACCUCGGUUUCAGUCAGUCCCUCUGGUGAAAUAGUGGAGGGCAGUUCAGUGACUCUGACCUGCAGCAGUGACGCCAACCCACCUGUGCAGAAUUACACCUGGUACAAGAACAUGUCGAUGAGACAUUCUGGACAGAGAUACACCAUCCAUAACAUCAGCUCUGAGGACAGAGAGGGAUACUACUGCGAGGCCCUGAACAUUAUUGGGAGGGAACAUAUCCCUGUCCAUAUUAAUGUUAUGUCCCCUCAGAUAGAUGCCGAGCCCUCCGAUUAUGAGAACUGGAGAGAACCACUACAGAUCCUGGACAGUGACACAGCCCCUCAGGUAGAUGCUGAGCCCUCCGAUUAUGAGAACUGGAGAGAACCACCACAGAACCUGGACAGGGGUGGAGCUGGAGAGCACCAGGCUGGUGAUCAGGUACCCAGACAGCUAGAUGCAGAGAACCCCUCCCUCUCCUCAGAGGACCAACCCUAUAGGCCUCAACACCUCCUCAGCCUCCAAGUACGCCUCCACAGGCACUUCCCACACACUGCCAGUCAGUUGACUCACUGUACAAGACCUCUCCCCUUCACUUCACUCUACUGCAGGGUGGGAGAUGCAACAAUGGCCUUGAGAACAGCAGGAAGUGUGUUGGUGGUCUUUCUCUGGUCUGUAGCAGUGGUACUGGGUCAGGAUGGCUGGAGUGUAACAUACACCACUCAGAGUAUCUGUACCUUGAAGGGGUCAACAGUGAAGCUGUCCUGCUCUUACACAUAUCCCAGAGGUUAUACAAUCACAACAACGUUUUGGUUCACUAAACAUGAUGCUGGGGAGAAUUAUGUAAGUCUGAGUGAUGACCCAGACUACAAAGGACGUGUGACAUACCGUAAGGAUAAAGAGAAUGGUCACACCCUGUCAAUCACAGACCUGAGAGAGAGUGACUCAGCUACGUACAAAUUCAGAUUUACAGAUCAGACUGGAGGAUGGAGAUAUACUGGCAUUCCUGGAGUCACUCUGUCUGUCACAGGUCUUCAGGUGAAGGUGACUGGUGAGACACUGACCUGCAGCACCACCUGUACUCUGACUGACAACCCCACCUACAUCUGGUACAAGAACGGACACAAAGUAAAGGAGGACACUUCCAGCCUGUACUCAGACUCCUUUAGUGAUGCAGACAGUUACUCCUGUGCUGUAAAAGGCCAUGAGGAUCUCCUCUCUCCUGCAGUGUGUCAGAAGUGUUGGAGUGUGACUUACACCCAUCAGAGUAUCUGUGCUUUGAAGGGGUCAACAGUGAACAUAUCCUGCUCUUACACAUAUCCCAGUUAUCAUGAGAUCAAAAAAGCUUUGUGGUUUACUAAAUGGGAGUCUGGUAUGGAUGCUGAAGAUCUGAGCUCAGUGCCAGGGUAUGAGGGUCAUAUAGAAUACCUUGGGGAUAAGAAGAGUGACUGUACCCUGAGAAUCACAGACCUGAGAUUGAGUGACUCUGCUGGGUACAUGUUCAGAUUCAUAACAUCUGGAGAUAAGUUUUCUGGCUCACCUGUCUCCCUGACUGUCACAGAUGUUGUGUUGGAGAUGGAUCCUACAUCUGUGUCAGAGAGGGAGAGAGUCACACUGACAUGUAGAACCAAAUGUACACUGGACCCCAUCACAGCCUACAGUUGGUAUAAGAAUGGACAGCCUAUAACAAACAGCAACACCUCCUCUCCUGUCUAUAUCCUAUUCUCAGUCAGCAGUGAGGAUGCAGGCAGAUACUCCUGUGCUGUAGAAGGCCAUGAGGAUCUCCCCUCUGCUGAAGAGACUCUCACCGUCAGAUAUGGCCCAAAGAACACCUCGGUGUCAGUCAGUCCCUCUGGUGAAAUAGUGGAGGGCAGUUCAGUGACUUUGACCUGCAGCAGUGACGCCAACCCACCUGUGCAGAAUUACACCUGGUACAAGAACAUGUCGAUGAGACAUUCUGGACAGAGAUACACCAUCCAUAAUAUCAGCUCUGAGGACAGAGAGGGAUACUACUGCGAGGCCCUGAACAUUAUUGGGAGAGAGACUAUCCCUGUCCAUAUUAAUGUUAUAUCAGUGUUUCCCUGGGUUCCUGUGGUGGGGGUGGGGGCUGUCCUGACUGCUGGAGCUCUUCUACUCACCAUCUACUGCUAUAUGAAGAGGAGAUCCACAGGAGGAAGUGAUGCAACAGCAGGCACACAGAUUAAGGGACUCCCCUGUGACACAGCCCCUCAGAAAGAUGCUGAGCCCUCCGAUUAUGAGAACUGGAGCGAACCACCACAGAACCUGAAAAGUGACACAGCCCCUCAGGUAGAUGCUGAACCCUCCGAUUAUGAGAACUGGAGCGAACCACCACAGAACCUGGACAGUGACACAGCCCCUCAGAUAGAUGCUGAACCCUCCGAUUAUGAGAACUGGAGCGAACCACCACAGAACCUGGAUUGAAAAGAACCACCACAGUACCUGGACUGAAGAGAACCACCACAUAACCUGGACUGAAGAGAACCACCACAGAACCUGACUGAAGAGUACCACCACAGAACCUGGACUGAAGAGAACCACAACAGAACCUGACUGAAGAGAACCACCACAGAACCUGGACUGAAGAGAACCACAACAGAACCUGACUGAAGAGAACCACCACAGAACCUGGACUGUAGAGAACCACCACAGAAUCUGACUGAAGAGAACCACCACAGAACCUGGACUGAAGAGAACCACAACAGAACCUGGACCGAAGAGCAACAGCAUCAAACCAAAGCUAGGCCUCACAAUGCUAUUCUCUUACUAUCAUUAUGCUUUCUUAUCUAUUAGGUUUUCCAGACAAUGACCUUUAACUUUUGAGUGAAUGCUGGAAUUUAGAGUGUUAUCCUAAUGAUAAAUACAGUUUGUAUAUAGAUGAUAAAUGGGAUAGAUUAGGAUUCUUCGAUUUUUCUAUAAGAUUAUGCUAUUUCCAGAUUUGAUAACAUUUCAUGUAGAAAUAUGUUGAACUAUUCAUUAGCUCUGCUCCUUCAGGUGUUUAGUAAGCCCACCGCAUGCUAGGUAAUGCUAGUAUCAACAUCCCAUCCAACACAGCUGAAACUAUAGUAAGACCAGCACAUGCUAGAUAAUGGUAGUAUCAACAUGCCAUCCAACACAGCUGAAACCGUUUGCCGUGCGGUCGCAAAGAGAACAGCCUAUGACUGGGGUGGCUGGAGUCUGAUCAUUUUUAUGGCCUUCCCCUGACACCGCCAGGUUAGAAGUCCUGGAUGGCAGGAAGCUUGGCCCCAGUGAUGUACUGGGCCAUACGCGCCUUUUGGUCGGAGGCCGAGCAGUUGCCAUAACAGUCGGUGAUGCAACCAGUCAGUAUGCACUAAUGCAGCCUUUCAUAAAGUUGGGUCACGGACCUGUUAAUGGUGGGUCGCGACGUGUCAGUGUAAAUACAUCAUUGUUUCAUUAAUUACUGGAAUUGAUUUGGCCAAGUGCAUCUGCGCUCUCUGUUCAAUGUGCUUUCUGCUUAAGCUGCGGUCUAUGCUCAGUUUGGCAGCUGCUAGAGUGUGAGAGGGAGAUGCCUGUGUGCAUCGGAGUUGUGUACCGGAUCUCUUUUUCUGCGGUUUUCUUGAAGAUCACUCCGCUACACACGACGCAGCGCUGUCGUUCAGAUUGUUGGCAUUUUAUAACAGGUGAUAAGCAGUAAUAAGGGAGUACUAACUAACUCUCAUAGUAGUAGAUGUGAGUUUCUCUUUCAAUCCCCUGGCCUUGUACACGGCUAAUAGCUAACAUUCGCCAAAGCAAGCUAGCUACUGAUAGUGCAACCCUAGUAACAGUACAGAUGAAAAUGAAAAAGGAUCAGGCCUACUUUACAUCUUACUGUUGAAAUUAUUGUUGAAAACUAGUCUAGGUUGGAACUGUUGCUCUUAAAAUCCAAUAAUAAUUGUUAUUCUUAACUGGAAUAAACUGAUGCUUUUUGAGGCAAACACACUCACAGUUCUGGGCUGCUCAUCUACAGUAGGAAGCGGUCUCCUGUCUGACUGAGAAAGCAGUAGAUGUUCUGGUCCAGUUUGGCACCACAUACCUAUGUCAGUCAGGGUUCUCAACUCUGACAUACUUAAAAAACAAGUACAGAAACAGUUUCAAGGCUGAGCAUAACCUCAGUGUUGCACUGUCAAAAACAGAGCCCAGAAUAGACAUGCUCUCAUUAGGACUGUGUGGGGGUUUUCUGGUCUACAGAUGUGAUCAAUCAGUUUAUUCCAGUUCAGAAUAAAAAAAGAUUUAUUGUAGUUUAAUAGCAACAGUUCCAACCUAGACUUUCAACAAUCAUUUCUACACUAAGAUGUACAGUAGGCCUGAUCAUUUUUCAUCUGUACUGUUACUUAGGGUUGCACUAUCAAAAAGCCUGUGUGUGUUCUGUUAUUCAUCUGUGUGAUGUGAUCAAUCCUUUUAUUCCAAUUCAGAAUUAAAAUGGUUUAUUGUAUUUUAACAGCAACAGUUCCAACCUAGAUAGAUAUGUUUUUAAUGGAGGAAAA